AUGCUACGCUUCACCUUUUGCGUUGCUGGCAUCUAUUUGUGCUUUCUAACAUGGGGCGUUGUGCAGGAACGUGUGAGCACCACACCUUACGGCGAUGGCGACAAACCAGAAAAGUUUCGAUUCUUCAUAUUCCUCAAUCUCAUCCAGUCGUUGAUCGCAGCCAUCGUGUCCUUUAUAUACCUAAAGUUCAGUCGACGAUCCCUGAACAUAGCCAACAUGCCGCGAUCGCUUCUCACAAAGUAUGGCCAAGUGGCCUUUCUCAACUGUAUUGGAUCACCGUUUGGCUAUGCAGCACUCAAGCACAUUGACUAUCCCACCAUGAUCCUCGGCAAAUCCUGCAAGCUCAUUCCAGUCAUGCUCAUGAACUUUGUGUUUUAUCGUCGCAAGUUCCCACUCUACAAGAAUCUCUGCGUCUUGCUCAUCACUGCCGGCGUAUCCAUGUUCAUGCUCUAUCAUCCCGUCGAUGGCAACAAAAAGGCAGCCGCCGCUAAUUCGUUAUGGGGAUUGUUCCUAUUGACCAUGAACUUGGCAAUUGAUGGAUUGACCAACGCUACCCAAGACGAGAUCUUCCACAAGUAUUCACAAAAGGUCACCGGUCAGCACAUGAUGUUCUUUAUGAAUGCGAUCGGCUCGAUCUUCAUGGCAUCCUUCUUGGUAUUGAAUCCUUACAAUGACGAAUUAUGGCGUGCCAUCCAAUUUUGUCAAACACAUCCAGCAGUGGUUGGCGACGUAUUGCUCUUUGGUCUCUGUGGUGCCAUUGGCCAACUCUUUAUCUUUUACACAUUACAAGAAUAUGGCAGUCUACGAUUGGUUACAGUGACAGUAACUCGAAAGCUGUUUACUAUGCUCCUCAGCAUCUUUUGGUUCAAUCAUCGGCUGACAUUCGGUCAAUGGACUGGUGUUGUCAUGGUCUUUUUGGCUAUUGGUAUCGAAGCGUACAUCAAGAAGCAAGAAUCCAUGCGAUUAAAAAAGGCAUUUCAGCCCACGAUGGAUGAGAAGCAAGGAUUAGCAGCUGUUGGGAAGAUCGCUAAAGCAGAGUAG